UCUAAUUGAACUACACAAUUUGUAUCUCUUGCAGUUACCCUCAACGUGUAUCUAAAAAGAAAGCAACUGUACGAUAUAUGUUUCACAAUCCCGAGGACGUGAGAUGGUUCAAGCCGAUUGAAGUUUGGACGAAGUGUGGACGCCGUGGUCGUAUUAAAGAACCUGUUGGGACACAUGGGGCAAUGAAAUGUAUUUUCAACGGGGUCCUCCAGCAGCAUGACACUGUCUGCAUGAGUUUAUACAAGCGCACGUAUCCAAAGUGGCCACAAUAUUGGUUCCCACUUCCAAGUGCUUGCCUAAAUUAGUCCAGCAUCACAAAGCAGACGGUUUCUUGCUGGAGAAGUCGUGUUUACGUGUGAACGGGAAUGAAGCUCUGGUUCAGAUUUGGUUAUAAGGAUCUGUGUAAUUCUGGCUUGCUCAUUUGGUUUCUUCAAUUCUGGGGAAGCAAAAAUUUUGUCUCUGUAGUUUAUGUCAAACCAUUUAGGUUAUGCUUGUAUGCAGCUUAGGUACUGCAUGGUAAAAUGAAUUGGAUUUUAAUUUAUUUUUCUUCUUUAAUUUCUGUUGAGCACAGUCCGUUUGGCAUAAUGAACAUGCUUCUUGUUUUUGUUCCCUGAUAAGAUUGCUGUUGUAUGUGUGCGAACAUUUGAUUGUUAAUUUUGUGUGAUAAAAUCAAUACACUACUCUUCUCUUGAA